AUGUCUUUGGCAGAUUAUUUCACACCGGUGCCUAACGCAUCGGUGACAUUCGAAGGAACUACCGUGAAUUUGAAUGAAACCGCUACUGGUUCCGCUCAUUCCCACGCUGAGGACCCAGAGUUCGGAGAAAAAUUGCCGCUACCUUCAGUGUCCCCUUGCGAAAAUGGCCAAGUGGUAGACCUGACUUUCCAAGCCACUGCAGGUGAAAUGGUGCUAGUGCUCGGUGCCCCAACGUCGGGUAUCUUCAAGUCCCUGUUUCACGCCCACAAGCACCUGAGUUAUUCCCCUCAGGGUUCCAUCAGGUUCAAGGACAACGAGUUCAAGGCAUACUCGUCGAAAUCCCCACACCAGAUCAUUUACAAUAACGAACAAGACGUGCACUUCCCUUUCUUGACCGUCAACCAGACUGUCGAUUUCGCACUCUCGUGUAAAUUCGAUAUCCCAAAGGAAGAGCGUGAAAACAUGCGUAAUGAACUGUUAAGAGAGUUCGGUCUGUCCCACGUCGGUGACACCAUUGUCGGUAACGACUACUUCCGUGGUGUCUCAGGUGGUGAAAGAAAACGUAUCUCCAUUAUCGAGACUUUCAUCGCCAAUGGUUCCGUAUACCUGUGGGAUAACUCCACAAAAGGUCUGGAUUCCUCAACCGCUUUGGAUUUCUUGACCAUUCUACAAAAAAUGGCAAGAACUACUCGUUCCGUUAACCUGGUCAGAAUCUCUCAAGCUUCCGACAAGAUCGUCGAGAAAUUCGAUAAGAUCCUGAUGCUUUCGGACUCUUACCAAGUAUUCUACGGUACCGUCGACGAAUGUUUGCAUCAUUUCCGCGAUAACCUUGGCAUCAAGAAGGAUCCAAAUGACUGUAUCAUCGAAUACUUGACUUCUAUUUUAAAUUUUCAAUUCAGAACUAAGUCUCUAGACAUAACAGGUUCUUCCGAGGACCUAGAUCUAAAGGAUACAGACCACAAUGAACAAACUUUCUCGGGCAUUGCUUCUUCUCUAUGCUCAGAAGUUGAUUUAUACACCCAAUGGAAAAAAUCCUCUUACUACCAAGAUAUCAAGGAGCAAAUCGGAGCCUUCAACGUCGAAAACAAAGCUGAUGGUAAUCACAUCAACCCAGAGGAUGUCACAAAGACAUUUGACAUUCCAUUAAAGAAGCAAAUUCUAUACUGUACUAAGAGAGCUUUCCAAAGAAGUUUGGGUGACAAAGCCUAUAUGAUUUCUCAAGUGAUCUCGGUUAUUAUCCAGUCAUUGGUUAUUGGUUCGCUUUUCUACGACAUUCCAAUGACUACCAUUGGUUCUUUCUCUAGAGGUUCUUUGACCUUUUUCUCCAUUCUGUUCUUCACUUUCUUGUCGCUAGCUGAUAUGCCAAUUGCUUUUCAAAGACAAGCUGUUGUUAAGAAACAAACAUUGCUGCAUUUCUACUUUAACAGUGUCGAAACUUUGGCAACUACAUUGUUUGAUUAUUGUUUCAAGUUCUGCUUAGUGGUCAUUUUCACCAUUAUUCUUUACUUCUUAGCUCAUCUGCAAUACAAUGCCGCUAGAUUCUUUAUCUUCCUGCUGUUCCUUUCUGUCUACAAUUUCUGUAUGGUCUCAUUGUUCUCCCUAACAACAAUGUUUACACCAACUAUCUCUUUGGCUAACUUGUUCGCUGGUAUUCUAUUACUUGCCAUUGCUAUGUACGCCUCUUAUGUUAUUUACAUGAAGGAUAUGCAUCCAUGGUUUGUAUGGAUUGCCUACUUGAACCCUGCAAUGUACGCUAUGGAAUCAAUCCUAGCCAAUGAAAUGUUCAACUUGAAACUUGACUGUACUGAAUCUGUCGUUCCUCGUGGUCCUACUUAUCAAAAUGUUCCUGUCACCAACAAAGCCUGUGCUUGGCAAGGUGCUACUUUGGGUAAUGAUUAUGUUAGAGGUAAGGAUUACUUGAAGAACGGUUUGAGUUAUAAGUACAGCCAUGUCUGGAGAAACUUUGGUAUCUUGAUUGGUUUCCUUUGUUUCUUCAUAGCCAUGAACUUGUUUGCUUCCGAAUACAUCAAGCCAUUGUUCUACAAUGAUGGUCCAGAAGCUGUUCAACAUUUCAUUAACAGAUGGUUCCGCAGAUCAGCCACUCAUUCUACUACCUCAUCUUCUUCUCCUGAAAACAUUAAGUUGAAGGAAGAUGUUGUUGUUAAGUCUGCUUCCCUAUCUUCCACCUCUUCUCUAUCAUCCUCUGAAACAGCUAAGUCUAAUCCAUUUGCUGACAAGACUGUGCAAGCGCAAAAGCAUGUUAUCUCAUGGAAGAAUAUCAACUACACUGUUGGUGGUGAUAAGAGACUGAUUAACAAUGUCUCUGGUUACAUUGGUUCUGGUUUGACUGCCUUGAUGGGUGAAUCUGGUGCAGGUAAGACUACUUUGUUGAACGUUUUGUCUCAAAGAACAGAAUCAGGUGUGGUUAGUGGUGAAAUUUUGAUUGAUGGUAAACCAUUGACCAACGAAAACGCUUUCAGAAGAAGUAUUGGUUUUGUGCAACAACAAGAUAUUCAUUUGGAACUAUUGACUGUUAAGGAGUCGUUGGAAAUCUCCAGUGAAUUAAGAGGUGAUGGUGAUAUGGAAUAUGUCGAAAGUAUUUCUGAACUAUUGAAGUUGCCUCUUGACUCUCUUGUACGUGAGUUGAACCCAACUCAAAGGAAACUGCUAUCUAUUGGUGUCGAAUUGGUCACUAAACCAUCUUUGCUAUUGUUUUUGGAUGAACCUACCUCUGGUUUGGAUGCUGAAGCCGCUUUGACUAUUGUUCAGUUUUUGAAAAAACUUUCUCUACAAGGUCAAGCUAUUUUCUGUACUAUUCAUCAACCUAGUAAGAGUGUUAUUAGCUACUUUGACAACAUCUAUUUGUUGAAACGUGGUGGUGAAUGUGUAUACUUCGGCCCAACUAGUGAAGCUUGUGGUUACUUUAUGUCUUAUGAUAAAUCUUUGACCUACGAUCCUGAAAGCGACAAUCCUGCUGAUUUUGUUAUUGAUGUUGUUGGUAACAAUGAAUCAAUGGAAGAAAUGGAUGACAAGGCUGACUUUGCUAUCAGAGAGGAAAACCCAUGGUCCACCCGUUGGGAAAACUCACAUGAAAGAAAGAAUAUUGAUGAGACUGUUGUUAGACUUGAACAAGAGGCUGCUGCUUCAGGCGUUGAUUUCACUACAGCUGUUUGGGAGCAACCUUCUUACAUGAAACAAUUGAUUAUGAUUACUAAGAGACAAUACACUUGUACUAGAAGAGAUAGAUCUUACAUUGCCGCUAAAUACUUGUUAAAUGGUGGUGCUGGUUUGUUUAUCGGUUUCUCUUUCUGGAAGAUCAAACAUACUAUUUCCGGUCUUCAAGACACUAUCUUCUUCUGUUUCAUGGCUCUUUGUGUUUCUUCACCAUUGAUUAACCAAGUGCAAGAUAAGGCUUUACAAUCAAAGGAAGUCUUUAUUGCCAGAGAAUCGAGAUCUAACACCUACCACUGGACCUGUCUACUGCUAGCUCAAUUUAUCAUUGAACUACCUCUGGCUAUGUCCAGUUCGACAUUGUUCUUUGUCUGUGCAUUCUUCUGUUGUGGUUUCGAUAACAGCGGUAAAGUUGCUGGUGUCUUCUACUUGAACUACAUCUUAUUCAGUGCUUAUUAUUUAACAUUGGGUCUAUGGUUAAUUUACACAGCUCCAAAUCUUCAAACUGCCGCUGUGUUUGUUGCCUUUAUUUACAGUUUCACAGCUUCUUUCUGUGGUGUCAUGCAACCUUAUGCUUUAUUCCCAGGUUUCUGGAAGUUUAUGUACAGAGUGUCACCAUACACUUACUUCGUUGAUACUUUUGUCAGUACACUGCUUCACAACCGUAAGGUUAUCUGUAACACCGGUGAAAUGGUUCCAGGUCAGCCAACUGGUGGUAAGACUUGUGGCCAAUUCUUCAAGGCUUAUAUUGACGAAUAUGGUGGAUGGUUGAAGAAUCCAAACACUUUCACUGUUUGUGCAUACUGUACCUAUGAUACUGGUGAUGAUUUCUUAAAGCAACAAAAUAUGUCCCAUAGCCACAUCUGGAGAAACUACGGUAUCGAGUGGGCUUUCGUUGCAUUUAACUUCUUCGCCAUGUUUGCUGGUUACUACUUAACCUACGUUGCCAAGGUAUGGCCAAAGGUUUUUAAGUUCAUCAUGAAAUUGAUCCCAACUGGUAUCAAGUCUAGAGCAUCCAAGGACUAA